UUGCCGGUCAGAGGAAGGUGUUCCCUUGGCGCCGAGCCUGGCUUGGGUAACAUGCUAUUUACCUGAGCACACAAGGGAUGUCUCCAGCAAUGUCAGUUUCUGGGUGGGGCUUAGGCUGUCACAGUCUGCUCCUGGCUUUGCGUUCCAGCUCAGUGGGCAGAAGGGUAUAAAUUUCAGCCUCUCUCAGUCCUACUGCGUAUUUACCAAGACUUCAGCAGCAACAUGAAGUUGAGAGGCUUCCUUCUCUUGUUGAUCCUCAUCACCCUCAGCCUAGAGGUACAGGAGCUUCAGGCUGCAGUGAGACCACUGAGGCUUUUGGGUACCUGCAUUGAGCUCUGCCAUGGUGACUGGGACUGUGGACCAGGAGAGCAAUGUGUCAGCAAUGGGUGUGGCCAUGUCUGUGCUAUAGACUAAGAGUUUCUACCUGCAAAGAUGUCAUUGGAGCUUCAUGUCCAUGAAGACAGAUGAAAACAAGGACCUGUGGAUAGAGACUAAAGGCAUUUGGGGGAAAGAAAGGGAAGGUGUUUCUUUUAAUAAACCAUCAUUGCA